ACGGCACCGCGGGGCGCUGGGCGCGGUGCGUGGACGCGGCCGUGGGCCCUUCGGUGCGGGUGGAGCGGACCGGACCGGACCGGCGCUCCUACGGCGGCCUCGCGCUCCCCGGAGCGGCUGCGCUGCGCACGGAACGUGUCUGUGGCCCGGCCGGCCCCUGCCUGCCCGCCCGUUCUCUCUCCUCGCGCUGCCCGGCCGUAGAGGCCCGGCGCGGCCCGGCCCGCCCCUCGCCCUCCCGCCUCCCCCGCACGGCGCCCGCCGCCGCCCAGGCCCGGCUUCGCCCUUCCCCCUUCGCUCUUAACCUUCGUGGCGCCUUCCCGCUGGGGCCGGGCGCUUCCCGGCUCCGAUGGCGGGCCCCGAGCCUCUGGCCGCGCUGCCGGACGGGGACCUGCUCGAGUUCCUGCUCAACGAUGACGCGCCGGCGGCGGGGAGCCCCGCGGGGGACGGCCUGCUGCUGGGGGACUGGGCUCUGCCGGAGCUCGAGCUCCUGGACAAGGAGAUGGACAGCUUCAUCAACUCCCUGCUGAGCCCCUGUGAGGAUGAGCCGUGCCCGCUGCAGGGCUGUUUGCCUGCUGACAGUGACAGCAGCACUUCUGAGGAUCAGAACCCAUUCCAUAGCUCUGGCAGCGAUGUUGCCAGCAGCCCUCAGAGCUCAGACGUUGUGCAGUUUGACCACAACUAUUCCCUCCAUCAAGAUUGGCCAGCACUGGAAAGUGUGAGGUCUGACAUGGCAGAAGGAGAUGUUUCCAUUGACCUCGAGACGUGGAUGUGUUUGGAAGGCACAAAUGAGACGCUGGAACAGAGCUGCAGUUUUCCAAUCACUGUUGCUGUGGAUGCUGGAUCCCAGCUUAUACCUGGAGCCCCCAUGCAGUCUAACUUCCCAGAGCUUGUCCUGACUGAGGAGGAGAGGCAGCUUCUGGAGAAGGAUGGUGUUUCCUUACCAACCUGUCUGCCACUGACCAAAGCUGAAGAACGACUUCUGAAGAAAGUGCGUCGGAAGAUCCGGAACAAGCAGUCAGCCCAGGAUAGUCGUCGCAGGAAGAAGAUCUAUGUUGAUGGCCUGGAGAGCAGGGUGGCAGCUUGCACAGCCCAAAACCAUGAGCUGCAGAAGAAGGUGCAACUGCUGCAGAAGCAGAACAUGUCUCUGCUGGAGCAGCUGCGAAAACUGCAGGCCUUGGUGAGACAGUCCACCACCAAAACUACCACAGCAAGCACCUGCAUCAUGGUCCUCGUCCUUUCCUUCUGCCUCAUUCUCUCACCCAGCCUCUACUCGUUCGGCAGCAGAGGGCCACAGCCAGAGUUCAGAGUGCUGUCACGGCAGAUUCGUGAGUUCCCAAACAAGGUCUGGCAGGCAGCACCUGCUGUGCAGGAGGAAGUUGCACUGGAGAGGCUCAGCCCGGAGCCUGAAGACACGUCGCUGUUGGGCAGCCUCAAUCAGUCACGGGAAGAGGGGCAGAGUCCACCCAAGCCUGAUCCAAGAUCUGCAUUCAACAGCAACUCAUCCUUUGACCCUCCGGUGACAGCGGGCUCUGAGCUGGGCCGUCCCCAGCCGCAGGAGCAGCACUCCCAGAGAGGCACCUUGCACUCGGAAGUGCUGGCGACAUGGAAAGAUGAGAGUCAGGAGUGGGUGGAGCGCACCACCAGCGUUGUCAUCCAGCAGCACCGCACCGACGAGAUGUGACCAUCCCCUCCUUGCUGCCUGACAGGGUGAGGCUGGGCACCCUGCUGGGGAGGGUCAGCCAGAACUGUAUUAAUGGAUAAUCUGUAAAAGCAAAUGCUUUUGUAUCAUCUUGUGAUUGCUGGCAGCUCAGAGGGUUUGACAGAGAGGAAUCAUUUUAGAGAUGAUCUAUUUCUACACUCUGCUCUGUACAUCUGUAACAGGAGCCUAUCCAAGAUGAGGUAGGAAACUCUUGGAGCUUUGUUCCCUGCAGUCUUGGGUAAGCCUUCGCUCUUACUGGGGAAGGGCUCUGGUCUGGAGAUUGAAAGCAAGUGGGCCUGAGGUGUGAGUACCUGCAGGCUGCUGCUGAUGAAUGCUGCUGCCUCGCUUCUUCCCUGCCCGGAUGGAGGUGAACAGGCUUGGUCCUGCGCUUCCUACUAUGUCUGUUGGCCACAAGUACCUGUCCCUUGUUGCUUCUUUUUAGUCCUACGGUGAUUUCUGAUUUCUCAGUGUGAUGCUGAUCUUCAGUGCCGGGACAGGGAGUGGUCUUGCCCUUGCAGCAGACCCUGCACUUCCCCUGUUCUUGCUCACUAUUGAGCUAUGGGCACAGCUUUUGGCGUAGCUAAAGGAGGUCAUGGGGAAUUCUUUCCAAGCUAUGUGUGCCAGUUUCCAUCACAGAGGCCUGAGCUGCUCUGCUCCUGAAGCUCUGGGAGCUGGGCUUCUGCCCUUUGGGGAGAUGAGAAAGCUUUCUGCAAGACUACCAACAGCAGCAGAGAGCUGAGAGAAGCAGAGCCUCUUAUUCUGAAGGUUUUCUCUUCUGCAUGUGGGGUUCAGAGCUGUGCUGUGAGCUUGAGCUUUGCUGCACUGACCAGUGAGGCUUUUAGCUGGCUCUCGUUGCUCUGUGAGGCUGAGCAGAAGCACUUUGCACUGAGGCUUUGUGUUCUUCCGGGAAUACAGUUGAGUGGUACCUGUUGAGCAUAUCUCCUUGUUCUACUUCAGAUCUAAGCAGAUGACAUUUCCUUGUUAAUGAUGGGAAAAUAAAACAUUGCCCUCUGUGCAA